AUGUUCGUCCAACUGCGCCGUAUGGUGUACCUGUUGGUACUUUUGCAGUGGUGUGUGUGUGUGUCAUACGCAACAUGUAAUGAUUCGGAUUUGGUUGACUCAGAUAAAAUGUUGGGUACAUUGCGAAACGAGGCGAAUGGGUAUAUAGUGGAAGGCAGGGUUUGUAUGGCCGAGAUGGCGGAGAGGGUAAGAAUGUGCAAUGAAAGUGAAGUAAAUGCCACGCGUAUUGCAGAAGAGGCGGCCAACAGUGUCAAUGAAGUUGGGGUGUUGGUGGUUGGGGGUGGUGACACGACGUCCGGUGAAGUUAUAACAAAAGAAAAAAUUGACGAUCUGGAAGUAAAGGUAAAACUGGCUGAGAAAAAUGUACAAGAGACAUGGAAGGCCGUCGAAGAAUCAGCAAAGUUAAUGCACCUUACGGAUCUCGCGAAGUGGUCUUGUUUUGCUUCACUUGGUAAUUUGCGCGCGACGGUAGGUCGGAUCAACGACAGUCGGGUGUAUUUUGAUUACGUAAUGGGAAGUGGCCCAGGUGAGUGUGUGACGGAGGAAAGAGAGCAACUCAAGAAGGAUUUGAAGAACAUAACCGAUGAGUUGUCCUUAAUGGAAGUAAAAAUGAAAUGGGGGUUUCGGGACGCCGUCGACGUCAAGAAAACGGCCGUAGAAGGGAUGAACGCUGCCAAGAAAGUAAUGAGUGACACGGUUACGAAAUAUAAUGAGAUUCUUGUGAAGAUGACGGAGAAACUCGCGAAGAAGUCACAGGAUGGGGAAGAUAUGAAAAAACUUUCUGACAUCCAGGAAGCAGUUAACACAAGCAAGAAAUCGUUGGACACAAUUGUGAAUCAAAGCGAGGCGAGCACCAAGUCGAGAAGGUUGCUGAGUGAUGUGUCGGUCAAGGUAGUUAAUGAAACAAGGGGAAGCGAAAGUGUAACGUUCUUGCAGCUAAUAAGAGAGUCGCCAAACGAUCCCCUGGAGAACUUAAAGGAAAGGGCUUCGGCGGAAUUGAAGGUUAAACUAAGGAAUGCAGAAAAAGAGGAAACUGAGCGUAUAAAACGGGUGAAGCAGGCCGAAGCAGAAAGAAUCAGAUUGGCGAAGGAGAGGGAGGAAAGAGAGAGGGCUAGGGCGCUGGAUCGGGAAAAGAGGUUGGCGAAGGAGAAGCAGGAAAGAGAGAGGGCCGAGGCAGAGAAACUGGACGAAGAAGAAAAAAGAAGAGAACAGGAGAAGGCCGAAUCGGAGAGACGGGUCAAAGAAGAAGAGACAAAACGGGAGAGACUUGCCGAAGAUGUGAAGGCAAGAAAGGAAAAGGAAGAAAAACUGGCGAAAAGAGCAAAAGGGCGCAAGGACGGCAGUAACGGUCCCACGUUGGAUCCCUGUCCUCUGCUGCUUCUUCUGAUGUGUGUGCUGGGCUGCACUUUCGUUUGCUAG